AUGUCUGCUGCGGAACCCCAAACCAACACUGCCACUGGCGACAAGCCGCUUGGCAUGCGGAAGAAUGGCAAACAAUGGCACGAAACGAAAAAGGCUUUUAGGCCGACUUCAGGCUUAACCUCCUACGAGAAGCGUGCCAAGGACCGCGUCGCAAUGGCCGCGAUGAAGGCCAAGGAGAAGGAGAUGAAGGACGAGAAGGAAGCAGAGCGCAAGACCAUCAAGGACAGAAGGGCGGCCAAGGAGGAGAAGGAGCGCUACGAGAAGAUGGCCGAGAAGAUGCACAAGAAGCGUGUUGAGAGACUCAAGAGGAAGGAGAAGCGAAACAAGCUCAUCAACUCAUGA